GUGGUUCCAGUGGGGAGAGCAGGAGGAAGCAGGGUGCGGGGCGGCUGGGGGGGUCCCGCCGCGGCUGCUGCCACCGCCGCCACCACCGCCUCAGUGCUCGUGGCGUGGGGGAGGAGGCGUGAGUCCCGGGCGCGAGCCGGCGGCGGCGGCGCCGCUGCGGGAGGGCCGGCGGGGGACGGCGAUGGCGGAUAUCGACAAACUCAACAUCGACAGCAUCAUCCAACGGCUGCUGGAAGUGAGGGGGGCCAAGCCUGGGAAGAAUGUCCAGCUUCAGGAGAGUGAAAUCAGAGGACUGUGCCUGAAGUCCCGCGAGAUCUUCCUCAGCCAGCCCAUCCUACUUGAACUUGAAGCACCGCUCAAGAUAUGUGGUGAUAUCCACGGGCAGUACUAUGAUUUGCUUCGGCUUUUCGAGUAUGGUGGUUUUCCUCCAGAGAGCAACUACCUGUUUCUUGGGGACUAUGUGGACAGGGGGAAGCAGUCGCUGGAGACUAUCUGCCUCUUACUGGCUUACAAAAUCAAAUAUCCCGAGAAUUUUUUUCUUCUCAGAGGGAACCAUGAAUGUGCCAGCAUCAAUAGGAUUUAUGGAUUUUAUGAUGAAUGCAAAAGAAGAUACAACAUUAAACUAUGGAAAACUUUCACAGAUUGCUUUAACUGUUUACCGAUAGCCGCCAUCGUGGAUGAGAAGAUAUUCUGCUGUCAUGGAGGUUUAUCACCAGAUCUUCAAUCUAUGGAGCAGAUACGGCGAAUUAUGCGACCAACUGAUGUACCAGAUCAAGGUCUUCUUUGUGAUCUUUUGUGGUCUGACCCCGAUAAAGAUGUCUUAGGCUGGGGUGAAAAUGACAGAGGAGUGUCCUUCACAUUUGGUGCAGAAGUGGUUGCAAAAUUUCUCCAUAAGCAUGAUUUGGAUCUUAUAUGUAGAGCCCAUCAGGUGGUUGAAGAUGGGUAUGAAUUUUUUGCCAAGAGGCAGUUGGUCACACUGUUUUCCGCACCCAAUUAUUGUGGAGAGUUUGACAAUGCCGGCGCCAUGAUGAGUGUGGACGAGACGCUAAUGUGCUCAUUUCAGAUAUUAAAGCCUGCAGAGAAAAAGAAACCGAAUGCCACGAGACCUGUAACACCUCCACGGGGUAUGAUCACAAAGCAGGCCAAGAAAUAGAUGUCAUUUGACACUGCCUAGCGGGGACUUGUAACAUAGAGUGUAUAACCUUCAUUUUCAAAACUGUAAUGUGCAUUGGUCAGCUUGCUCAAUAGUGUGUCUGUGGAGCGCGCCCACCCUUCCAUUUUUGUCUUAAUGAAUCCAUUUGCUGGUUGUAACAGCAAAUGAAAGACUCUACAAUUCCACCAAGUAUUUUGUUCUGUUUUUUAAUUCUCGAUUCCUUUUGCAAACAAUUUUAAUCAUGGUGUUAAUGCUGUACAUCCCGGACAGUUAUCCUUCCCGGGGGGUCGUUGUACAAUUGAUCUUUUUUUAAUUCAGGAAAAAGAAAACAACAUAAAUAAUGUAAGAGCUCAUUUUCUUUAGGACAUAAACAGAGCCCUAGGGUGCUCGGUAUGUACAUGUUAUUGUCAUAUAAUACAUAUCUGUUGAUACAAGCCACUGUGAACAUUUUUUUUAAUUUUGUUUCAAAGGGAUUGCUUUUUUUUCUCUCAUUGUCUUACAUGUAAAAACUAUAGUUUUUAUAGCUGUCAACAUUAGGAGUAACUUUUCGACCUUGCCAGCAUCACUGGUAUGUAUAUUUAAUUAAAGCACACUUCCCCCUACUAUAUAAAAGACAAUUAAAGCCAUUAUUUUAAAUGUUUGUGACUCUUUCCUAAAGCCAAAGUUUCUGUUGGAAAACACUGAAACACCCGAAGUAGAAGGUGACCUGGGUCUGUCCACAGCGGCCUCCUCGGGACUCAAACAGCGAUUAGUAACUUAGUGCUAGUUAAGCUAUUAAUGAUCAGACUUAAUAACAUUUUGUACAAUUCCCAUAUAGUCUAUUCACUAAGUAAUCUUUUUACAGUUACGUCAGGCCUGAACCCGACCAUUCAGAAAGCUUCAAAUUAUAGAAACAAUACUGUUCUAUACGAGUGACCGGUUAUGCUUUCUAAGGCCACAUUCUUUAUUCUGCGGUGAAGUUGAGGCUUAUAACUCAAAACAAAGGAACUCACUCUCUACCAGUUUAUACAGAAUUCACAGUAUGACUUUUUUUUAAACUAAGACCUGUUAAAAAGAAAUCUGUUUCAACAGAUGAUCGUGUACAAUACCAUGUGAUGGAAAUGAAUAUCAGACUUAUUAAAUGACGAACUUGGUAAACCCUCUGGUGUCUGUUUAUCAGCUCAGUACCCACAGGAGACUGUUGGUGGCUUACUGGAUAGAUUCUAAUGAAUAAAUUGCUCUGGAAACCACA